AUGACCUACGUCUACACCUGCGCCGACGGAUUCGAGAAGCCCGAGCUCAAGGAGGCCACGGACAAGGUGCUGCAGAACUCCACCGAGCUCAGCAGCAACGCGCUCGCCAUCCUCACCUGCCUCGGCGAGCUCCUGCCGGAGGAAGCCAAAGCUCUGAACGCCACCCUGGCGGGUGCGGGGCACGGCCGCCGGCUUCUUGGCUGGCAGAUGGGCGAGGCCGAGGAGCUCGAGAGCAUCGCCAGCACGUUCGCCGAGGCGAACCGCCAGCUUCUCGCGGCGGAGGAGCUCCCCGACGAGCUAGCCGGCAAGCGCGAGCUGCUGUCCCGGACGCUCAUGGGGAUCGACAAGGCGGCCACCGAGGCCAAGCGCCAGCUUGAUGAGGCAACGAUGGAGGACACCAUGUCCGGCGGCCAUCCUGAGCACAGGGUACUGACCACAGGCCUCAUCGGCACGUUCGACGAGAUACAAGACGGGCGCAACCAGGUGCCGCCCGGCGACUUCCCCAAGUGGAUGCCGGCCACCCAGCGGAGGCUCCUGCAGCUGCCCAGCUUGCAGAAGCCCAACAAAGUGGUGGCCCCGGACGGGAGUGGCGACUUCAAGACCAUCACCGAGGCCAUUGCCGCCGUGCCCAAGACCUUCGAGGGCCGCUUCGUCAUCUACGUGAAGGCCGGCGUGUACAAGGACUACGUCACUGUGCCCAAGGACAUGGCCAACAUCUUCAUGUACGGCGACAGGCCGACGAAGACGGUGGUCACCGGCGACAAGAGCUGUACGUGCCGGUUCGAGGGGUACCAGGACACGCUGUACGUGCACGCGAACCGGCAGUUCUUCCACAACUGCGAGGUGCUGGGCACCGUGGACUUCAUCUUCGGCAACUCGGCGGCGCUGUUCCAGAACUGCCUGAUGACGGUGCGCAAGCCCGGGGACAGCCAGUCCAACAUGGUGACGGCGUAG